AUGAUGUACCAACAGUCCCCGAUGCUGCUCGACGAUCCUGCUACGCGGGCUUCGAUGGUGUCCCUGUCGGAGGGUGGCUCAGAUUCUUUCAAGCGCAAGUGCAAGAUUAUCUGCACCAUGGGUCCUUGCUGCUGGGACGUUCCCAUGCUUGUGAAGCUCAUUGACGAAGGUCUGAACAUCGCCAGGUUGAACUUCUCUCACGGAGAUCACGAGGGCCACGGCGCAACCGUCGGGCGAGUCCGCGAGGCCUCCAAGCAGCGACCGGACAAGCCUGUGGCGAUCUUGCUCGACACCAAGGGCCCGGAAAUCCGAACGGGCUUCUUCAAGGAGAGCUUGGCGGGCGGAAAGAUUAAUUUGAAAGCUGGACAAGAUCUGAAACUCGUGAGCGACUACGACUUCAAGGGUGACGAGACUUGCAUCGCCUGCAGCUACAAGACCCUGCCAACGGCAGUCAAGCCCGGGCAGAUUAUUCUGGCUGCAGACGGAUCUUUGUCAUUGAAGGUGAAAAGUACAGGCUCUGAUCAUGUCGUCACUGAGGUUUUGAACGACAUCGCCAUUGGCGAGAAGAAGAACAUGAAUCUGCCUGGCGUGAAGGUCGAGCUGCCAGUGCUUCAGGAGAAGGAUAAGAAGGACCUCAUUGAGUUUGGGGUGCCGCAAGGCGUCGACUUUGUCGCAGCAUCGUUCGUUCAGGAUGCGGGGGACGUCAAGCUUAUUCGGGACACCCUUGGAAUGCGCGGGCGUUCGGUCAAGAUCAUCUCGAAGAUUGAGAAUCAGGAAGGCAUCAACAACAUCGAUGAAAUCAUUGCUGCGAGCGAUGGAAUCAUGGUGGCUCGCGGUGACAUGGGCAUGGAAAUCGACAUCGAGAAGGUCGGCCUCGUACAGAAGAUGAUCAUCAUGAAGUGCAAUGCAGCUGGAAAAUUUGUUGUCACAGCUACACAGAUGCUGGACUCCAUGGAGCGUGCCCCUCGUCCAACACGCGCGGAAGCGACCGAUGUUCUCAAUGCAGUCCUGGACGGAACAGAUGUCGUGAUGCUUUCCGGCGAGACGGCCAACGGCAAGUUCCCUGAAGCAGCUGUUGCGACCAUGCGAAGAAUUUGUGAACAGGCAGAAUCGACGCUGGAUUACAAGUCCCUCUACCUCAACAUGCGACAGCUUGUCCUGAAGCAGAAUAUGGGAAUGUCUGCAGUGGAGUCUGUCUGCUCCUCUGCAGUCAAGGCAUGCGUCGACUCCAAAUGCCCACUUAUCAUUGCUCUCAGUGAGACUGGGACAACGGCAAGGUUGAUUGCUAAGUACCGUCCCGAGUCUCCCAUCCUGUGCAUCACAGCUAGCGAGACCAACCUGCGGCAGCUGCUGGCCAUUCGCGGCGUCAUCCCCAUCCUCACCGCGUCUUUCCAGGGCACUGACUCCGUCAUAGCCAAAGCAUUGACGCGUGCAAAGGAGCACAACAUGGUGAAGUCUGGUGACAUCAUUGUGGCUGUACACGGCCAGAAGGAAGAGUGUCCUGGAGCUUCGAAUUUGAUGAAGAUGGUGACAGUGUACGCAGCAGACUGCCGCGGAUUUCUCUGGCUGACAUGUGCCACCAUGCAGGACAAGAAUGCGAGUCAAGAUGCCACAGCCGAGUUCGCAUCCAAGCUGUUCCAGAAGAUCGCUGGGGCCUACGAGGUGCUCUCAGAUUCUGAGCGUCGUAACAUGUACGACACCACAGGCUGUGUUGACAGCGAGGAGUUAGAUGAUGAGGAGGGUCUGCUGCAUGCCGCGAACUUGUUCACCACUUUCUUUGGGGGUGGAAUGGCACAGGAUAUGGAUGCGGAGGAGCAGGUUCUGUUGGACGAGCUCCUGAGAAUGACGGGGGCCUUCAGCUUCCAGGCCCACAGCUCAAGGCCGCGGCGCAAGGGCCGCGGCCGUAAAAAAGCUGCUGGCAUGUCGAUGGAGGAGGCCUUCUUGGCGGCUAUGUCAGGUAUGCCAUCCUGCGAAGUGACUUGUCCGUCAGGGCAUACACUCAAAAGGAAGAAGGUAGACGGAGGCUACGAAUGUGAUGUGUGCAGCAAGGACAUUCCCGACGGAAAGCGCUUCUUUGACUGCCGCAAGUGCGACUUCAGCAUGUGCAUUGCGUGCCACAAAAAAGCAGAAAGCAGCGCAAAGGCGGAGGAGGAGGAGGACGACACCGACGCAGAGGUCUUCGAAGCCUUCUGUGAAGCCAAUCUGCAUCCCGAACGGCAGGGCGGCAGGCUUGGGUUUCGUUGCGCUCUCUGCAGACUCCUUCUGGAUUCACAGGCGGAGGCUGCGGCUCACCUCGCAGAGGCUCACGCGGCAGACCUUGAGGCUGUGGCAAAUGAAGUUCGCUCUGAGCUUCGAAACGGUUAUGGCGGUCACGGCACAUCUUCUUCAGGAUAUGGUCGUCCGCCAGAUGACUUUGAAGCGAUGAUUUUCGGGGCUGCGAUGGAGGGCAUGCUGGGGGGAUUCGGUGACAUGCCCUCACCACCCAAGGGUCGGCGAGCUCGACGAAAGCGUUGA